AUGUGCUUCGGAAGCAGAAGACGCACUGGCGGCGGCGGCUACGGCGCACGCCCUGUAGUUGUACAAGAGACCCGGCAUCACCACCACCACGGAGGCGGUGGUAUGAUGGGCGGCGGCGGCGGCAUGAUGGGUGGACACCGCCAUGGAGGCGGCAUGCACGGUGGAGGCAUGCACGGAGGAGGUAUGCACGGAGGAGGCAUGCACGGAGGAGGCAUGGGCGGCCGGCGCUCAGGUGGUGGCAUGCUGGGCUCGAUGAUGGGCGGCGGCAGGAGGCGGUGUUAA